GUACUCACAUGAACCACUCUUGUCGUUGUGCGCUUGUGCCUUUAGUCUCUGUGUCUUUCAGGCAGAGAAUAGAAAAGUUAGGGCAAAGUCUGAGUCAGCUUCAGCAGCUACCAGACACUCACAGCAACUCCCUCUACAGUGACAGGUUUCUUCUCUCUUUUUUCUGCUCUCUCACUCAUUCACUCUCUCUCUCUUUCACACACAGACACACACUCACACACACACUCACACACACAAACACACAUACACCACCCGUCAGUCCCGGCAGAGGAAAGACUGGACCAUACGAGAACCGCUAUACACCUUUACUUCUAGCUACUUACCCAGCCAUCGCCAGACGCUUUGCCCAGGAUGUGGACACUUCUCUUGGGCGUCACCUUUGGAUUACUGGCCUCCUCCAGGUCCGAAAAACUUCAAGUCCCAACAGUGAAUACCCGCAGCUGCAGCUUUGCUGGGGUAUAUAUUGCUGAAGGAGCAGGCCGUCACUCCCUAACCUUUGACAUGGCUGAGAAGGUGUGCGAGCAGCUGCAGAGCAUCUUGGCGAGUCCAGAACAAGUCAAGAAGGCCUAUGAUGAAAACAUGGAAACAUGCAGGAACGGUUGGACCAGUAAUGCGAGCAUUGCCAUCCUCAGACACACGCACCAUGAAAACUGUGCAAAGAACAUGACUGGCUUCAUUAUUAAUUUACAUGUAAAAAAUGAAGAACUCUUUGAUGCCUACUGCUAUGAUGAAAAAGCUGGGCCUGAGAUGGACUGUAACAACACAUUUACCAAUGUAGACCAAAAAGGACACUUACCCACAGAUGCACCAGCAGAGGGCCAGGAAGAGACCGCUCCGAAAACACAACAUGAUGAUGCUUCUGGUAGUGAGGGUGUUGACCCCAUGAAAGCCAUCGAGGAAGGUGAAGAAAUUACCCUGUCACCUGUCACCAGUGUGGAGGAGCCACAGGCUUUCACAGAGUUACCUCUUAGUGAAGAACCCCCCUUACAAGCGAGUGAGAAUGGCAAUGGGGAGUUUGACCAGCCCACUGGAUCUGGGAUGAUGCCACUUGAGGAGGAAGCAUUUCCAACAGCACUUGUUGCAGAGCCAGAUGAAACACAACCUCCCACCGAAAAUGAGAAACGGAAAGAGAAAAUGGAUCCAGACGGAGAUGAUGCCAGGACAGAGUCUGCACAACAACAUCCUAAUGGCAAUGAUCAGGCCAUGGGUCCGGGUGUUUCUGAGCAGGAUCAACAGGAGAGGAGCAGCUCAUCAAACUGGCUUGUAAUCAUUGGAGUGAUUGUGGCAGUUGCUGCCAUUCUUCUCGUGUGCGCAGCUGUUGCCAAAAGAAAGAGCUGGUGCGGCAAACGUCAGACCCUGAUGAUCACAUCCAAAGACAGCGGAGAAGGGAACGGGACUGCCGCAUCAGCAUCCAGCUCCCACGCCCAGGAGAGAGAGCAGGAAAUGGUGACCCUCAUGAACAAGGAGAAGAUCCAGGAGAACGGCAACACAGAGGAGUUCACCGUCAUCAAGCUAGAGGAGUCGCCAGAUAAAGAGCAGCUGGCGUGAGAGAGGAGAGUGUAGAGGCAAACAGGAAAAAGUAGGUGAGGAUAUAGGGAGGGAUGAAGUGAGGAGAUUCGGUCGAUUGGACAGAUGGGGGAUUGGGGCUCCAUACAUUGGGGAUAAAAACUGCUUUGGUGGUCAGCACUGGAUAUACACUGAGUAAGGGUAUAAUGUGUGUUAUUUAGAAAGAUUGUCUAACUGAAGUACAAAGUAUUGUAUUGGGUGUGAAACUGUUGCCUCUCAGUGGGGACUAGGAUAUUGAAACCAACAUGUGCAGCAUUUUGUUUGUCUGGUGCACCAGGUUAGCUAGGACUGAAUGACAGUCAAAGAGUGUGAUGCAUGGCAGUGUAUUAUGCGUUGGUGCAUAGCAGGUGUUUGAAUGUGUUUUGUGUCUUUGUGUUUUUGAGUUAUAUGCUUUGGUGAAGAUAUGGGGCUGGGUAGACAUGGGUUUUAAAGGGAGGGGGUGAUUAAGUGAACACAUUGAUGACAAACGAUUCUCUUUUUUACCGAAGUGACGGAUCCUUCAGUAAAGAGCCUUUCAACCCAAAUAGGAAAUUACAAAUCAGUGAUGAGAAUUGGGCUUUUUUGGAGAUCCUACAGACACAAUAAUAAUAACAAUUUGGAGCAAAACAACCUUUGGUGUUUUUCAUGUGUUUCAUGUCUUUGUUUUUUAUUGCUUAUUGUUUUAACCUUGUGUAUAUUUCAGACAUUGGCUGUGGACUGGAGUUUGGUUUUUCCAUUUUCAAGACAACUGGGGACUUUGCUACCUUGAUUUAUGUAAUUUGGAUUCCCUUUCUCUUGAUCUUUGUAUAUAAAGUAUAUGUUUUGGAAAUGCCUUAGCAAUAGCUGCUAUUGCUUUAUGUUGUUUGGUAAAAAGGGGCUUUGUAUCCCUUUUAAAUAAAGGAAUGUGUCAUGUUUUGAGAGUUAUUUAAUAAGAAAACAGAGGUAAACAGUUCAGUGAAUGGAUAUUGCAAUAGUCAAAAGUGGAGUGCAUAUUGUAUGAAUCAAUUUGAUGUAUAGCAUCCAGAACUGUGCAAUUAAUGCUCCAUUUAUGUAAAUUAAGUUAAUAUGGUAUACCUUUAUAUUAGGUUGGGAAUAUGAUGCUGUGAAGUUCCUGGUGUUAUCCUGAGGAAAAGUAAAAUAAUAAAGAUGAUGUACACAUUAUAAAUACACAGCAUGUACAUUGAUUGAUGAAAGAAAGAGCAAAAAAAGAAAUUGGAUAAAUUUAUCAUUUUCUGAUUCCGAGAUUUAAGCUCAACCAUGACAAGUGAUUGGCAGCGGCCUAGCUUUAGAUGCUUAACUACAUAGCACAUAUGAUAACGGCAGGCAUGGCUUCAUAAAAGAGGGGCUGUGACAAUGUCGUCUGUGUGCUCCUGAGUGGGAGGGGUUUGAUCAAUGAAGCUUGUGUGCCUGACUGCGCCAUUCCCUGUAAAUUUCACACAUGUAAACAAAAUGCUGCAAUUUUUCCUGUUGACCUUAUCAUUGGUGAAAUAUAUCAUGCAUCAUGUCAUACCAAUAUUAAUUUCUGUGUGACAGCUAAUUCUACCUGUUUUUCUGUAUCAGCUGCAAUACAUUCAGCGAUUGCAAACUGUUUUUUUUUUUUUUUAUCUGACUUUUUCCGUCUCUUUUUGACAACAAGUAGCAAAAGUAGGCUACUAGUAUAGGCGGGUUUUAUGACACAUUUACAAAAUAUGUUGCUGAAAAGAUUUGUAAAGCCAUGAGUGAAAAUAAAUGUGAAUAGAAAGAG